AUGUGGACUAGGUUGAGCUUCUCCAAUGUCUCGUCUUCACAAUCUGAAGGGCAAUUAUCUAUUCAGAGGGAGGUUGAUCUACUGCUUAAUCUUUUCAAAGAAGUUGAUAUUGCAGAAAAAGUGACCAUAAAACAUAAAUUACUCGACAUAGUUUGCCCUUCCAUGACAUCGAUGUUACUACCACCGAGUAAAGUUAAGACGAAAGGUGCAGCUAAGAGUCAUAGAUCAAAGAAGUCAACCAAACGUGAUCCCUCCUAUUUUGAGCAUGUGGACGCCUUCAUUGAGUCCUCAAGACAAGACACAUGUGUUGCAAAAAUAGAAAACAGGCUGAAGAGCAAACGUGUAAUUGAAGAGAAAGUAAUACCCAUGCUAGAACAGUUCAAUCCUGUUUUUCAUCCUUAUAUACUCGAUGUUGUCGAUGUUGUGGCGGACGGUCAUUGUGGAUAUAGAUGCAUUGCUGCAUUGUUGGGUAUGGGUGAGGAGUCGUGGCCUCUAAUCAGACAUGAUCUAUACAAAGAACUUAGUCAAUGGCGAGAUGAAUAUGCAACAUUAGUUGGAGGCUAUGAUCGUCUGGAAGAACUGAGAAAGUCUUUGUUAGUUCAAUCACCAUCAGGGGCUAAUCGAGACAAGUGGAUGACUAUACCAGACAUGGGGUAUGCGAUUGCUAAUCGGUAUAAUGUAAUCCUCGUGUGCUUGUCAUCAGUUCAGAAUUUGACGAUAUUCCCACUUCGUACAUCCCCACCUAUUUCGCAAAGUCAACAUCGACUAAUUUGUAUCGGACAUGUUUACAAUUUUCAUUUUGUGCAGGUUCGUCUACAAGAAGGCUGUCCAUUACCGACAGUGGAUAUCAUAUCAUCUAGCAAUUGUUACCCAAAGGCAAAAGGGUGGACAUCAUUUUAUAGAGAUAGGAUGCAAGCAUUCCUAGAUUUACACAUAGUGGAUCGUAGUUAUGUAGAUCUCAUGGAAGACUGA